UCGAGUUGCUUGCCCUUCGUUUUAGCCGGAUGUUUACAAUUACCAGUGUUUCUCCAGAACCACCUGCCGAUAUCAACAUCUAUGAUCUAAUACUAAUAGUAAUUCUGUCAUACCAGUACGUAAUGGUUCCCCUAGAAUGGCCUACCUGUAGUACCGGAUAUUGACAUAUAUGAUCUCAUAGUGAUUCUGCCAUACCUGUACGUAAACGUGCUGUGCAGUAACUGUUCAGGAAAUGUCUCUCGCGGACUUUCUCCGGGGUAACCUCCCUUCUACUGACUCCGAUCCCGCUGACCAGGACCUUGGGGCUGUUAGCUUCCCUGUCAGAUGGAAUACGACGUGUGUUACAAUACCAGAGGACGAGCACACCAUUUUCACCGCUGUACGAUACAACGACUGUCACAGAAUAGAACAGCUUCUGAGACAAAGCAUUGAUGUCAACAUUACACAUACAUCAUCAUCAUGUUUGCUCAGAAAAAGUAAGCUGCAGAAAAGUGUAACGAUGCAGUUAAAUGGAUAUGUCCCAUUACAUAUCGCUUGUUUACAUUCAAAUAUCGAGGUCAUCAAGUUACUUCUGAAACAACAAGCUGACGUCAACAUGAAAGACUCGACCAAUCGAACACCACUUCAUUAUGCUACCUCAGCCAAUCGCCCAGACGUUGUCAAUAUAUGUAUAGAAAAUGGUUCAGAUGUUAAUUGCCAGACGUCAAGCGGAAAGACCGCCCUAAUGCUCGCCGUGCAAGAGAAAAAUGUGGAGAUCGUGCGAGCGUUACUGACCGCGGGCGCUGACGUCACUCUGACUGACGUAAAAAAAGGAACAGCGCUAGAGAUAAGCUUGUUGUCAGGAGGGAAAAGGGAGAAGGCGGAAAUAGUUAGAGCACUGCUACAGGCCGGGAGUGACCCAAACACAGAAAACCCGUGUAAAUGUACACCUCUGAUAAUUGCUACGUCCCUAGGGCAGCUGGAUGUCAUCAACCUGUUACUGGAUUCUGGCGCCAACAUCAACCAUGAGGAUAACAGAGGUAAAACGGCCUUCCAUAUGUCAUGUGAACACACGAGGUCUACCCAGAAAAACACAAGUCGUCUGCUGAUUUCCCGAGGAGCAGACGUCAACCACAAGGAUGGCUCAGGGAAAUCGCCAUUAGAUCUCGCAGUGCAAUACAAUAAGAUCGGCACUGUGGUAUUUCUUUUGCAAAUGGACUGUCUCAGGAACUCGGACUUCAUGGAAUGCGACAAGACGCGGGAAAUGUGCAAGAAGUAUCCCCAAGUGAAUUUUUUCCUAGAACACGAGUUUCGUCAGCCAUGGAGCUUGCUAAGACUGUGUAGAUUUAUGAUAAGAAAUUCCGUCGAACCUGACAAGUUAAAGGACAUCCAGCAUAUCCCGAAUCUUCCGAAGACUCUGUUGAAAUACCUGACGUUCUCGGGUGUUGAAUUCAUAUAGACCAGUGAAUUAGUGACACGCGGGGAGGAGUGUUGCUGUAGGUCCUAUCAGUAUCAUCUGUCAGUUUGUCAUAUUUCUUUAUGCUUUGAUAAUCUGCUGUGUAGCUUUCUAGUAAAACGCUAUAAAUCGA